AUGGAACAUCAAAUGGUCAAAAACGAAGCAGGGAACUGGGAGGCGCCACUUCCGUCUAAAGUCCGUUCCCGAUCGCGAGGGAGCCGUCGACCUGUUACGCAGAACCAAAACCAUGUUAGCCGACGCCAAUCUGCGCCUCCACAAAAUCGCGUCCAACGACCCUACGGUAACACAGGCAUUUCCCGUCGAAGACCGAGCUUCCGACCUACGCAAUCUGGACCUUCACCGCGACGUAGUACCGACUCAGCGCUCGUUGGGUGUAUUUUGGGACCUACAAACAGACGCCUUUACCUUUCAGGUCGUCGACGGAGCCAAACCCUUUACAAGACGUGCGUUCUCUCCGUCACCAACAGCCUUUACGAUCCUCUCGGAAUCGCUGCCCCGGUCGUCAUCAAAGCCAAAAUCCUGCUGCGAGCUAUGACAACGAGCCUGAAACGCCACCCACUUGACGACUGGGACCAACCACGCUACCUGAGCAACAUAAAGCAUCCUGGGAAGCUUGGUGCAAAUCCCUCUCAGACCUAACCGAAGUCAAAGUCCCACGUACCUACGCAAGCGUGUCACUGUCCGAAGCAAGCCGUAUAGAAAUCCACACAUUUUGCGACGCCUCCACCGAAGCCAUUGCUGCUGUCUCAUACAUCAAAGUCGUCCCGAAAGACGGUCAAGCCCAAGUAUCUUUCGUGUUCGGGAAAGCUAAGCUGGCUCCACCCCAUGCCAGAACAAUCCCCCGUUUAGAGCUUUGUGCUGCAGUGCUCGGCGUAGAAAUUACGGAGCUGGUUAUAGAAGAGUUAGCAGUAAAACCACACUCCGUAGCCUAUUACACGGACAGUAAAGUUACACUAGGAUACAUUCUUAACGAAACGCGGCGGUUCUAUGUGUACGUCAGCAACCGCGUACAAAGAAUACGAAGGUCGUCGUCGCCAGAUCAGUGGAGAUACGUGGCAACUGACAUCAACCCAGCAGAUCUAGCUACUCGAUCGGUGAAAGCCUGCGACCUCAAAGACUCGUCUUGGUUGGCCGGCUCGAAGUUCCUCCAAAGCACAAGUUCCCUCGACGUUCCACCGGAGACCGAGACCUUCCUACCCCACAAGAAGACCCAGAACUUCGUCCCGAAUUCACAACCCUCGCCACGAACGCAAAGCCCGGAGUUCAGAAAAACCUUGGAACUGAUCGCUUCCUACGCUUCUCGCGGUGGGCAAACUUAG